AUGGUCAAUGACAUUGAGAAGGCUCUGCGAGAACACUGCAACAUUCCUGCGCGGCACUACUUUGUGGCUGCCAUACUCGACGAUGGUUCCACGCAAACAUUCUCCGGCCCAGGUCGAAACCAUCCAAGCUCUGCCAGUACAUUUUUCGACAUGGAUCGAUUUCGACAGCAAGUGAGGAGAGCAGACGCCGGCGCCAUUGGCCCCAUGCACGAUGAUCCUGAACUUAGCUAUGCCAGUGAACAGUACAGGCAACAAGUGCCAUUAGGAUAUGGAUCCAGCGCAGCAGAGAGACGUCGACAGGGCAGCGAGGUGUUCGGUUCUGACGACUUUUCUCAACCGCGAAAGAGGGCUAGGGCGUACCGGCGACCAAUCGAUGACGAUAGCGACAUUCCGUCUGUGACGAUGGGCCCUGUUACAAAGGGGCUGAAGAUAGGCGACACCGAUGAGGUGAGGAAGUUCUACGACCAGCGAUUCAGGAACUGUCAACAGACAGCCUGUAAGCUCAUCGCCAAAGCUUGGGUCAAGGUAGUCGAGCCCAAGAAACAGACCAACCACCCUUACACCGGACAAGAGGAGAAGGCACCGGACUGGUGGCCGAAACCCUGGGGCACAACGAAGGAAGAAAAGGUUAGGCACAAAGAACCUGAUCAUCUUUACAAAAGAGAACGCGUUUACUUGUUGUGCCACAUCCUUCGAAUGAUAGUGGAGCCCAACGAAAAACAGCACCCAUCUAUCCAGAAGAUGAAUCUUACAGUCGAAAAACUCAAGGAAGCGACAGAGGAAGCCUUGUCCAUGUUUUUCUCUGCCAAGGAGAACCAUAAAAACGCCAAGAAGAAGCCGUAUCUGGAUGAGAUUUUCAAGGUUGCGCUCAGCGAACAGCGGUUCAAGCAUGGAGAAAUAGAUGCCGAUACACAGGUCUUCGUCAUGGCCGAAGAGCGAUUUCCAGGGGCUGGCAUGUCGGAACACGAUGAUAGUGCUCCCGUCAAGGAUGAGUGCGAGCCUCAGUCGGCUUCCAGUACGUCGCCUUCCAAAUCUACUGCGACCCAUGACACCCUUAUGCAUGGAUCGAGUCACGACCAUAGCCCUGCCGGGGGUCUUCAGGGCAGCUCGUACAUGGAUGGUCUGCCUCCUCGUGGAGGUGCGCCGUACACGCAGCAGCUGCUUCAGCCCAGCAUGCAUGCGGACCAGCAUUUUGUCGACAGCGAGAGGCUUCAUUCGUCAAGCGGUAUACCGAUGCACGAUAUUGGCCCUGGCCCUCAAGAUGGCCACCGCAGGGCUUCGAUUUACACUUCGCCUACCGAAUAUGCCAACCCACAGUCUGCGGGCAUCUACAAUCAGUCGUGGCAGCCAGGGACAACAGCGCCUGGCCCGGCCUCUAUCUACCCAUUUUCGUCGACACCCACUCCGCCCAGCCAAUUCAACAAUCAUGCUGGCGUACCACUCGCCCAAACUCCUUUCAUUGCAGCACAAUACGACGGACUCUCACGGGGAAACUUUGAACAGGGUGGUAUGUUCCCAUCCGGAACAACUGCAAACCAGGGCCAUGUACAAGGCUCUCAGGGGUUUCCCACGUACACAAUAGGCCAUGAUGGACGGUCCAUGUCCAAUGCUGGUGUCAAGUCUGACACGCUGCCUCGGCUACAGUAAUUUUGGUCCUUCAAGUCAGGUUUCUAUCACCAGGAGGGACGGCAAAAAGCAUAAAUUCCGGCGGGGUUUCUGAUUAUUCAACACCAGUAACAUACCAGGCGCAGGGCUACUCUACAUAUUAUGGCGAUCAAGAUUGUGCGUUCUGAACUUUGUUGUCUCCUCCUGUUUGGAAGGUUGGGCGAACCCGUGGGAUGGAGCGAUUCUGUCUUGCCGUGCGAAGGUUCGCACUUGGGCGGGCCUACGGCACGUCACAUUUGGCUAUGCGAUGCGAGCGUCAUAGUUGCGUUUGGUUUUGGUUUGUUCACCGGUUUUGCUUUUGUUUGUUUAGUUGGUCCUUCACAGAACACGGGUGGCCAUAUCAAGCAAGGGAGCGGAGGAAAGGGAGCGAGAAGGAUUAAUGAUUUGUGAGUUUCUUCCCUGGCUCUGUCUAUCUGGGGGGGAGGGGCGUGACGCGAUCAAGAAAGAGGCGUAGCGGCACGUAUGAUGGGCUGUAUUGCUUAUGUAUUGCGUUACUCAAUAACAGGAAGACUCCGGCGGCACGGACAGGACGUCGGAUGUGUCGGUUCGUUGCUUGAUGAGUUGAUGACUGCCAUGGGCACGACGGGCUGGCUGGGGCGGCUACCAAGGCUCUUCCCAAAUGACAAGGCUUGUUUGCGCUGAG